AUGAUGAAUUCAAACCCUAUUACUGCUUUACUUGCAAACGAGAAACUUACUAGUGAUAAUUUUAUGAAAUGGAAAUCAAAUAUGAACAUUGUUUUGAUCUGUAAGAACCACAAGUUUGUCUUUACUAAGGAAUGUUCUGAGGUCCCUACCACCACUGCUCCCAAAACUGUUAGGGAGAAGUAUGAUGCUUGGAUUUUAUCCAACAACGAGGCUAAGUGUUACAUGCUUGCUAGUAUGAGGGAUGUACUCAGGAAAAAAAAAAGCAUGAAGGCAUGGAGAUUGCAUAUGAGAUAUGGGAGUAUGUUUGGACAAGAGUCCGAUCAAUGCAGGCAUGAGGCUACUACAACCUUUAUGAACAUGAAAAUGAAGAAAUGA